CGCAAUCCUGGGGCUCACAGGUACUGCUAUGGCUAUGUUUGCAAGCCCCGAGCUGCUGAGUUUCAAGUUUUGACAGCAUUCCAUCCACCCACCUUAAGGCCGGGAAAUACAAUCCAUGUCCACCGCAACGAAACGAUCGCGAUCCAACGCUUCAGGCGCUGACAGUUCAGGUCCGGCGCCCAAGAGACCUACUGUGCGCAAACGGGCCCCCUUAGCAUGCGAGGAGUGUAGGGUAAGAAAACGCCGGUGCGAUGGAGCAAUUCCCUACUGCUCUGGCUGCAAAAAGAGGCUUUCCAACUGUGUGUACCUUGCGGACAUCCAGGAAAAGGCUUGGCAACAUGAUAUGAUUCGCUCGUUAAGGUCCAGAUUGAAAGAGCUUGAAGAACAGAACCGGCCAGCCGAUCAGAGGAGUGAAGCCGAGUCCAGUAUGACGGUGGAAGAUGUGAUCAUCAUUCCAGACCAGUGUCAAGAGAAUCAGGUGCCUCCCAACCCAGAAGUAACCGCCGAGCCCGCCAGUACUUUGCAUCACAGCGUCAGCAAUACUACACCACCAGCACUGCCGAUGGCGUCCAUUCCAACUGCUGUUAACGCAAAUACUUCGUCCGCACCUGACCGGCAGUCACUGGAGCCAACUCUUGCCGCAGACAAGCCCCCGUCCUGGAUCGGACCUCUUCCCAGGAUCACGGCCAGUCCAUCAAAUGGGAUGGCGGCGCCUCCCACUCCUCAGGCAUGUUCCUGUGACCGUCUGCUCGGAGUCGGCGCUGCUGCAUGGUCCUUGCCAUUGCGUCGACAUGCUGAUGAGCUCGUGGACCUGUACUUUCACCGCGUUCAUCGUGCAUAUCCUAUUCUUCAUCAGCCUACGUUUAUGGGGCAAUAUCGACAGCUAUGGGAGCCAUCGCAAACAAACACAGGAACCUGCUCUGGCCUGUGUAGACAAAAGAGCCUGGUCAAGACCUUCCCGGCUACCGUCAAUGCUGUCUUUGCACUGGCUUCCUGGUUUGCCCCGGGGCCCAGCACGGAAGAAAACAAAGUCAGGGCCAGUGGUUUCUUCAACAUGACUCAAAAGUUUGAUCUGCUCGAGAUCAUCGACGAAGAGGUUGGUAUCGAGUCAGUCCAGCUGCUUCUGCUUAUGGGCUUCUAUCUCCAGAGCACAGAGCGAUUCUCAAAAUGUUGGAACAUCACUGGUCUGGCUAUCAGGAUGGCACAGAACAUGAGCUUGCAUAUGAGUGCACACGAUGCUCGGAAGAAGGGGCUAUUGCUGUGUUGCCCCAGUCAGUUGGAGGAAGAAAUGCGUGUAAGAGUCUGGUAUGGUUGUGUGCUUUUGGACCGAGAAAUCUCCAUGUCGUUUGGCAGGCCACUCAUGAUAUCUGGAGGUGACCAGCUGAGGCUUCCGGAGGCCAUUGAUGACGAGUACCUUUCUGAGGUUGGGGGCAAACGAAAUACUCAGCCAAGCAACUGUCCCAGUCAAAUCUCUUCCUACAUCGAGACCAUCAAGCUCUACAAGUUUCUUGGUCAAGUGUUGGACAGAGAGGAGGAUGGGGCGGAAACCCCAACAAACACCUGCUCCGACAUGCAGGCCUUGCUUGAUCUGGACACUAGGAUCAUGGAAUGGCGAGAUGCACUGCCUGGACACCUUCAGUAUGAUAACAUUGCAGAGAAUGGACAGCAGGACCUCGCUUCGACCCCAGGGAGCCUCUCUUCACCGGACUUUUCAGGGCAAGCAAGGCGGCUCUACACACGAUUUCUACACGUCAGAGUUCUCAUACUGAGACCGGCACUCGAACAAUUCUUCCAAAAGCAACGACAUACGCCAGUCAUUCCGCAAGCAAGGGGCAAUCCGAGGGUUGCGCGGGUACAAGACCUCAUGCUGUCGGACAUUGCGGCACAAUGUGUGCUCUCAGCAGAUUCUCUUGUCAAGUGUCUAGACAUUCACAUUCGCAGCCAAAGUCUUGCGGCUUGGUGGUACAACAUAAGCUACCUUCAUACGUGUGGCAGCACCCUAUUGAUGGGCCUGCUAUGCUCUUUCAACGAAUCUGUCGUCAGGCGUGACUCACUCGAGCUCUGCCUUCGUCGCCUCUCACAGUAUACGGCGCUGAGCAGCAUCGCAACCAAAUCCUACCACCUCUUGCAAGAAAGUUCGAAGCGCCUUCUCCCGGAAAGGGGUGCCUCCAAUAUACAGACACCUUCUUGCUCCGCGGUAGGCAACAUGGCACGAGUACCCGACCCAGACCCAGCCACCCACCUUGGUCAGCCGAUGACACCUGCUGGCAUGGCACCUCCAACCUCGGUUGAGGCUGGGACGUAUAUGCAGUAUUCAAGUCUUCUCCUCGCGCCUCACAGGAUAUACGCCUGUCCACAACAAACGACGUCCAGCAGUAACCUGUUGCCAUCGGCGCUUGACCCUUUGCUUGCAGGUUCUGCAGACAUGAUGAAUGAUGGUGUUGGUGGCUUGGACAAUGUGCCGGAGUUCUGGGAGACACCUUUUCUUUCUCAGUUGGAGUUUUACCAACCUCAUGAUUUCACCCUCUCGCAGCUCGAGUAAUGCGAUUCACGGACAGGCUUCUGAACGAUGCCACGACAAUCAAUAUAACAUCAGCACAAGUAAUAACCAUAAUAAACUACCUACGAAACAGUCCCUCGAGAUGCUUCAAGCCCCAAGCACAAUCUCGCUCAACCCAAGAAGAGCUUGACACUCCUUCACACUGUCAGUUUGCAGCUCAUCAUACAGGUCAAUCUCACUUGGAAUCUUGCGCCCCAGCAACCCCUCAAGCUGCACACGGCUGCUCUUGCUCUCCUCUUCUGUCUUUUGGAGCUUCCUCUCAGUACCACCGUCCUUCUCCCCGCCAAGGUUGGAAGUGAAAAUACCCGCCGCCGAGAACGGCAGGAAAUCCUCAUAUGUGAUCGGCUCGCAGGUCACAACCCCCUCUUUCAGAAGUCUAUCCAUGUGCACUGACCCCUCCAGCUUAUGAGCGCCAGCAACGGGUACCUUGUCCUCAGCAACCCGAUAGCGGAAAUACACCAACCCUUCCUUCCUAAGAACCUCCCAAUCAUCAGGGUACUCGGCAAACACCUCCUUCAGCACCUUGUCAGAGUCCUUGUCUUCCUUUUCACUCCGACCAACAGCCUUGGCGAGCAAGGCAUCGUAGAGCUCCCUGCCUUUUCUGGUCACAGCAGCACCGCGCUGUUCCACCUCUCCAAACCGGGCGGUGUGCGUCCCGUCAACGGCGUGGUCGGCGUCACCAGCAAAAGUGACUCUUUCUUCCAAAGCCUUGAAGCUGGUUUGUCGAAGGAGGAUCUCGCACUUCCUCCUGGGAGGUCCCUCGAUGCGGUCUUUUGCUGGGAGGCCCUGGGAAAUCAUCCCUGCUUGGACGGCAUCGAUGUCCAGGGUGCGCGGGGUGAGGUGGUUGAUGUGUGCUGAGGGAAAGCAGACAAUGUCGGCUACCAUUGGGUGCUCCUUUUUCAGGGUGAGGUACGUCUCCAGGGGAACAGAGGAUCGGGAGUGUCAUUUGAAGAUCUUGAGAGAUUCGGUAAUCAGGUUGUUGGCGUCUUGGGCCGUGAGGUUGGCUAGAGCAGAGGUCUCCGCUUGGUCGAUCAGCUCGAUAAGCCUGGAGGAGAAGAGCUGUCUGGUGGAGAGGAUGGAGGUGGCCAUCUCCCGGACUUUCGGGGAGGAGAUGAGGUCUGGUCGGAGGACGGUGGUGAAGACUCGGAAGGGGUUCUUUCGGAGGGAUUCUUCGGUCUGGGGCCGGAAAGCCGUGCCGUGGAGGGGAAAACCGACCAUUUUGAGGUCGUAGUAGCCGACGGGGAACAUGCCCAUGACGGCGAAGAGGCGGCUGAUCAUGCGCAUUUCUUGCUGGGUGCCCAGUCUAAUGGCGCCAUGGCGCUCAAGCUGGAAGCGGGAGGGGAGGUCGUUGAGGCUUUGGCCGCGGGACUGGAGGGUGGUGGUAUCGACUUGGUUGACGACGUCUACGAGCUUGCCGUAGAGGGGUACUUCGGUUCUGUACAUCUCUGAGAGGGCCUGCACGAAGCGAGUCCGGAGGUGAUCUGGAUCCCAUCUGUGCGGUGUGUGAGUUUGGAGGCCAAAAAAUUGUGAGAGGAACAUAAAGAUGGCGUACGGCUUUGGCUCCUCGUAGAGGGCAGAUUCGUUCUGUGGGAUAGCUGAAGGCAUUGUGAAUGUGGUAUGUGGUUACUUUUGUCAAAUAUUCUGUGAGAUGUUCUGUGGGAUAUUCUGUGGAUGGGAUAGGUAGGUAUCAACAUGGAACACACAGGCUAGACAACCGCAAGCAAUCGCUGGACUGAGCAG